CGGACGGCACGGACUGGAGGCGCCCGCCGCUGUGGACGGGCUCGGGGAGCUGGCCUGUGGUGCAAGAGGAGGGGCUGCGGGCCCGCAAGCAGCACCAGGAGAAGGGGGGAGGCAGCCCCGCAGUGCAGGAACGUGGGGAGGUCCGCGCCGGGGUGCAGGAACGCGGGGAGGGGAGCCCACGCCGGCUGCGGCAGCAGUCCGAAUUCGAGGACCGCUUCUGGGAGCGCGGGAAGGGGCUCGAAAGUUUCGGGGAGCAGGACGGGCAGUACUGGGAGAGCUGCAGGCACCUCAGACGGGAGGCGGUCGUUCUAGGAGAGGCCCCGGCUCGCCGAGAGAGACUCGAGUUGGUAGGGAGGGCACGGCCUGUCGGGCCCCAGGGGCCUGAGGGGGAGGGGCGCCUGGGGGUGCAGGAAGCAAAUUGGCUGCCGGGGGUGCAGGAGGGACAGGUGGUGCGGGCGGUCCAGGAAACAUUCCUAGACGGGAAGGGGUCCCAGGAGGGAGAGAGGCCCCCUGAGGGGCACAGGACCCGAAGGCGCCGGCGGCGGAGGAGGUGGUAACCCCACAGACUGGCAACCCAGGACCAGGAUCCCUCCAGGGCUGAAGUGAACACAAGAUGUAGGGAUUUGGGGAGUGGAGAGCAGAAGGGCGCUGACAGCCUGCUGUGUCCUGCUGGAGCCUCUUCUGCAACCUCAGCCUGGAUAUCGAAGCUGUGUCUGCACAAAGACUGCAGAAGAGGCUGGGGAGCAGCAGUAUGCAGCCAGAGGAAGGCACAGGCUGGCUGCUGGAGCUGCUGUCUGAGGUGCAGCUGCAACAGUACUUCCUGCGGCUCCGUGACGACCUCAAUGUUACCCGCCUGUCCCACUUUGAGUAUGUCAAGAAUGAGGACCUGGAGAAGAUUGGCAUGGGCCGGCCUGGCCAGCGGCGGCUGUGGGAGGCUGUGAAGAGGAGAAAGGCCAUGUGCAAGCGAAAGUCCUGGAUGAGCAAGGUGUUCAGUGGAAAGCGGCUGGAGGUUGAGUUCCCCCUCCAUCACUCUCAGAGCACCUUCCGGAAGACCUCACCCACCCCUGGUGGCCCAGCAGGGGAAGGGCCCCUGCAGAGUCUCACCUGCCUCAUUGGGGAAAAGGACCUACAUCUCUUCGAGAAGCUUGGAGAUGGCUCCUUUGGCGUGGUGCGCAGGGGCGAGUGGGACGCCCCCUCGGGGAAGACGGUGAGUGUGGCUGUGAAGUGCCUGAAGCCAGAUGUGCUGAGCCAGCCAGAGGCCAUGGACGACUUCAUCCGGGAGGUCAACGCCAUGCACUCACUCGACCACCGGAACCUCAUUCGCCUCUAUGGUGUGGUGCUCACGCCACCCAUGAAGAUGGUCACAGAGCUGGCUCCUUUGGGAUCACUGUUGGACCGGCUUCGCAAGCACCAGGGCCACUUCCUUCUGGGGACUCUAAGUCGCUAUGCUGUGCAGGUGGCUGAGGGCAUGGGCUACCUGGAGUCCAAGCGCUUUAUUCAUCGUGACCUGGCUGCGCGCAAUCUGCUCUUGGCCACCCGUGACCUGGUCAAGAUUGGAGACUUCGGGCUAAUGCGAGCACUACCCCAGAAUGAUGACCACUACGUCAUGCAGGAGCAUCGCAAGGUGCCCUUUGCCUGGUGUGCCCCUGAGAGCCUGAAGACACGCACCUUCUCCCAUGCCAGCGACACCUGGAUGUUUGGGGUAACAUUGUGGGAGAUGUUCACCUAUGGCCAGGAGCCCUGGAUUGGCCUUAAUGGCAGCCAGAUCCUGCAUAAGAUUGACAAGGAAGGGGAGCGUCUUCCCCGGCCCGAGGACUGCCCCCAAGAUAUCUAUAAUGUCAUGGUCCAGUGCUGGGCUCACAAACCAGAGGACAGACCCACCUUUGUGGCCCUGCGGGACUUCCUGCUGGAGGCCCAGCCCACUGACAUGCGGGCCCUUCAGGACUUUGAGGAACCAGACAAGCUGCACAUCCAGAUGAAUGAUGUCAUCACUGUCAUCGAGGGGAGGGCUGAGAAUUACUGGUGGCGUGGGCAGAACACGCGGACGCUGUGUGUGGGGCCCUUUCCUCGAAAUGUGGUGACCUCUGUGGCUGGCCUGUCAGCCCAGGACAUCAGCCAGCCUCUGCAGAAUAGCUUCAUUCACACGGGGCAUGGCGACAGUGACCCCCGCCACUGCUGGGGCUUCCCCGACAAGAUUGAUGAACUGUACCUGGGAAAUCCUAUGGACCCUCCCGAUCUGCUGAGCGUGGAACUGAGCGCCUCCCGUCCCACCCAGCAUCUGGGAAGGGUGAAAACCAAAACCACCCCACAGGCCUCAUCUUGGCCAGGAGCCUCAUCCACCCCCUGGAUCCUGGGCCUGUCAUUCCGGAACAUGGUUUUCCCCAUCCUCCUGCCCCAUUGCUUCCCAUUGCUCCUGGAACCAACCUAUGACCCUGUGAGCGAGGACCAAGAGCCCCUAUCCAGCGACUUCAAGAAGCUGGGCCUGAGGAAGCCGAGCCUGCCCCGUGGGCUGUGGCCGGCGAAGCCCUCAGCCCGGGUGUCAGGCACCAAGACAGGCCGUGGUGGCAGCGGCGGUGAGGUCACACUCAUUGACUUCAGUGAGGAGCCUGUGGUCCCCUCCCCACGGCCCUGCGCACCCUCACUGGCGCAGUUGGCCAUGGAUGCCUGCUCCUUGUUGGACAAGACCCCGCCACAGAGCCCCACGCGGGCACUGCCCCGGCCCCUGCACCCCACACCUGUGGUGGACUGGGACGCAUGCCCACUGCCGCCACCUCCCGCCUACGACGAUGUGGCCCAAGAUGAGGAUGACUUUGAGGUCUGCUCUAUCAACAGCACCCUGGUGGGCGCAGGGGUCUCUGCUGGGCCCAGCCAGGGCGAGACCAAUUACGCUUUUGUGCCUGAGCAGGCGCGGCUCCUCCCUCCCCUGGAGGACAACCUGUUCCUCCCGCCCCAGGGUGGGAUCAAGCCCCCCAGUUUGGCCCAGACGGCAGAGAUCUUCCAGGCGCUGCAGCAGGAAUGCAUGCGGCAGCUGCAGGUCCCAGCUGGCUCAGUGGUCCCCUCACCCAGCCCAGUGGGUGAUGACAAGCCCCAGGUGCCCCCCCGGGUGCCCAUCCCCCCGAGGCCCACGCGCCCACGUGGUGAGCUGUCUCCAGCCCCCUCAGGCGAGGAGGAGAUGGGGAGGUGGCCUGGACCUGCCUCCCCUCCCCGGGUGCCUCCCCGGGAGCCCCUGUCCCCUCAAGGGUCAAGGACUCCCAGCCCCCUGGUGCCCCGUGAUAGCUCCCCAUUGCCACCUCGGCUCUCAAGUUCACCCGGGAAGACCAUGCCCACCACCCAAAGCUUUGCCUCAGACCCCAAGUAUGCCACACCACAGGUGAUCCAGGCACCUGGCCCACGGGCUGGUCCCUGCAUCCUGCCCAUCGUCCGAGAUGGCAAGAAGGUCAGCAGCACCCACUACUACCUGCUGCCUGAGCGCCCACCCUAUCUGGAGCGCUACCAGCGCUUCCUGCGUGAGGCGCAGAGCCCCGAAGAGCCAGCCCCCUGGCCUGUGCCCUUGCUGCCCCCACCCAGCACCCCAGCCCCUGCCGCCCCCACUGCCACUGUUCGACCCAUGCCCCAGGCUGCCCCAGACCCCAAGGCCAACUUCUCCACCAACAACAGCAAUCCAGGGGUCCGGCCACCAGCCUUGAGGGCUACUGCUCGGCUGCCACAGAGGGGCUACCCUGGGGAUGGGCCAGAGGCUGGACGGCCAACAGAUAAGGUCCAGGUGCUGCAGGCCAUGGUGCACGGGGUGACCACGGAGGAGUGCCAGGCGGCCCUGCAGAGCCACAGCUGGAACGUGCAGAGGGCUGCCCAGUAUCUGAAGGUGGAGCAGCUCUUUGGGUUGGGUCUGCGGCCACGAGGCGAGUGCCACAAAGUGCUGGAGAUGUUUGACUGGAAUCUGGAGCAAGCCGGCUGCCACCUGUUGGGCUCCUGUGGUCCUGUCCACCACAAGCGCUGAGAUGUCUGGAGAGCCAGAGGGUCUGCCCCGAAGGAAUCCCUUGAGCCUGUCCAUCUGACAGGGUGGGAAGACGCCCAUCCCAGGCCUGGAGGACCUGCUGCCGCCAGCUGCUCCUACUGGCAGGGCGAGGCCAAGGCAAACAGGAGGCUUGGGGGAGCCCUGCCUUGCCUGUCCCUUCCUCACCCAGCGCCAACCCUGCAACUUCAGUUCAGCCCAUGGUGCCCUAAGCCUGGGUGCAGGAAGCUGCCCCGUGAAGGCAGGCCUGGGGUGGCCUCAGCAGGCCCCGUGGCUGACCUGCCUCCGGAUUCAUCCGGCCUGGUAGGGCCUGUGGCUGGAGUGUGUCCCCAUGUCCUUCCAACAGGAAAGCCCAGGUUUUACCGUGGGCCAGGAGGAUGUGUUGGCCACACCAAAAGGUGGACUGGCACAGGGCUGGCCCUUCUCCAGGGAGCCCCUGGCAGGCAUUUGGGUGUUGAACAGAAUGUGACUGGUGGCCUCACCAUGGACAGUGGUUUGGGACGUGGUUGGUCUUAAGACCUUGUGCCUGGAAAUAGCCUGAGGUGGCUAAGGAAGCAGAGCAUUGGUGCCAGAGAGUUCUUUGGCUGGGACCAGGGCCCAAGGCCCCAGGGUUGGGAGGAGACCAAGGGGAUAGCUGCCCUGGAGAGAUACUAGUGCUUCCUCUGACCCAGCUCUUCCCCUGUUCUGUUCCUUGUUUUCCGACCAGCCUCUGUCGCCAAAGUUGCUGCCCCAGCUAUGGAUAUUUGCUUCUUUCAGAGAAAUAAAAUUAGUUUCUAUUUUAUGUUA